UUAAAAGUCUCUAAAUACAACACUAAAAUUAUCACUCCAAAACAAAAAUCAUCCAAAAUCCCUAAAGGCUUUUUAUGUUUUUUUUUUAAAUAAAUGUUUAAUCAUUUUAUAUGUGGAAGUGGAAAUUAUCAUAAUCAAGAAGGUGAAGAUUAUGAUAGGGAAACAUUAUCAAGCCCUUGUUCAACUCCAAAAAAAAUCAUCAAAAAGAAGCAAAAAUAGUACAUACAAUCCUUAUGCUAAUCGUGGCCUAGACAAAUUUUCGAAACUCUUAGCCAAUCUUGAAGACAAAAAACAAAAAAUUUAUUCAGAAUCAAAUGAUAUCUCUUUCGUACGAUUUGUUUUCUCGAAUUCAAAUUCAAUCAAGCCUAUUGUUAUCAGAGUGAAGGACAAAAACCAAACGUCGUCUAGUGACAUUGAUGAUGACAAGCAAAUGAUCAAGAAGACUAUGCAAGAGGUUUCAUCAAAUAUUUCAGAAGAACGAAAAGUGGAAUCUAAGAGAAGGAAAUAUUUUAGGAAUUUGAGGUUAGCAAAUUUGAAGAAGCCAACUUAUUACUUGCCAUUAGCUAUAAUCUUGAUAUUGGUUUUUUUAGCUGUUUACGGGAGGUGUUUUGCAAUAUUGUGUACAUCAAUUGGAUGGUACGUUAUUCCGAUCAUAAAAGCUAGCUCAAGAAGGACAAAGAGGAGGCAUGUGAAAAAAUUGAGUGAAGAAAAUGUAACAUUAUGUGAAGGGCCAAUAUUUCCAAGAAGUGUAAUGAAUGGACCAAAAGAUCAUAAAUUGGUUGCUAGGAAACAUGUCCAUAUGUGACAGCAGCUAAUGAAGAUCAUCAUUUUUUAAUUUAUUUUUUGUGACUACAAUUUUUUUUUAUUGAUUUGUAACUCUUGUAAAUCCUUGAUCAUAUUUUUACAUGAAAAGAAUUGCAUUAAUUGCCACAUAUAAAAUGCUAGCUGGUUGAACAAUAUAUUUGUAUCAAUAUUAGCUUCAUAUGUGUUGAAUGGAUUUGAAUUGUACUCAUAUUUUUUUGAAGUUCAAGGUACCCAUGGUAUGUUCUUUCCGUCUCUUUUUUAAUAUAUAUAUAUAUAUAUAUAUUAAAAAAAAAAUAUUUUAAUUUUACUUUAUGAACUACAGUAAUGGUAGAAUAUCUUAUAUAGACAUCAAAAGGUAUCCAAUUGAAAAGCUCAUAGAUCAUUGGCUACAAGUAUUGGUGUCAAAUAUGGCCAAAAUAUUGAUGGUUAGUUUGAAAUUUUAUGGGUUAGCACAAGAUAAUUUUAUAUUGGACUGAUUUUAGCCAACCCAACAUAAUUUAUUUUCAAAAGUAGUCGUUAAAUUAGCCAAAUAAAAGCCUAAAAUGUAUUGCAUAUUUAAGAUAUACUUCAAUUUGGAUUUAGUACUUGAAAUUUACUUUGACCUUUUCUAUGAGUUUGAGUUUUGCAUAUCGAAUCGAAUCUUGGAUCAAGGUUGAGGCUCAGAAGACUUGAGUCCUAGUUUAAGGUUAGGGUUGGGCUCGAAUCUCAGUUCUCCAAAUCAAGAUCGAGCCUCAGUUUGGGUCCGAGGUAAAUGUCAGAGAUUGGUCCAAGUCCCAGGUGCAUGGUCGGGGGGGGGGGUAGAUUCCUUGUAAAAUUUACUGUUCGGGUCUUAAAUGAGAAUCAAGUCUCAAGUUAAGGUUCGUAAUAAGUCCAUAGUGUUGAAUCUUAGGUUUUGGGUUAAGUUUGGGAUGAUGUUGGGUCCUAAGUUCCAAGUUAAGAUUGGGUUUUGGGUCUCAGUUCUCGGGCUAGGGUCAGUGUUGCGUCUCGAGUCCAAGUUAGUGACAAGUUAAAUCUCCAGUCAGGGUUGGUUCUCGAGUCUCGAGCUAGAACCAAUAUUGUGUCUUGAAUUCUGGUCAAGUUAGAUCUCGAGCUAAGGUUGGGUUUAGGAUUAAGACCGAGGGUUAAAGAGGGGAGGGGGUGAACUUAAAGUUAGAGUCGAGGGUUGCGUCCUUGUAAUGAUAGAGUCUUAGUUAAAAUGACAUAAUAUGCCUAGUCAAACUAGACGUCAAUAAAAACGUGUCAUAUAUACAUGUGUCAUGUUCCGACUAGGGAAGAGCAAUUUAGUAACCCCCUCUAAAUUGUUUAUCGAUGAUUAAAAAUAUUCAUAUUUCGGCAAGGGACGAAGCUACGUACGCCACAUCAAAAAGGCAGAAAGACCUAAUGGAUUAAGUACAACAAAUUUCUCUACAAUCUAAGUUUCAAAACCCUUGAUUUCAAACACAACUCAAGGUCAAUCUUUGAACCCCUCGAAUUCAGGUACAAAUCGAUACCAAGAUCAAAAGUACUCAAAAAAGAAGAAUCAAAGGUCUCAUACAAAAUGUAACAUUCAAUAUACCGAAACAAAAUAAUAUAAUAUUACGAUACUAUCCAAUCUUAAUUACUAUUAUCCGGACGCGAACUUUGUACUAAUUUAUAAUAUCAUUUGUGAAACGUAUUUUCGCUUUCGUAACAAGUACACACACCCAAAAUAGAUACUCUUAUUCAAAAAAAAAAAAAAAAAGAUUAAAGAAAAGGUGAAUAGUACCUCUCCACGAAGGCAUCUCGUCAUCGUUUUGGCCUUUCUGCAAAAUCCCUCUUUGUGCUUAUCCAUUUCUCACAUUGGGUUUCAUCGCCAGGCGCUAGGGCUGCACAAAAAAGGGGGCAAAUCGAAAAUCGAAGAACACCCACCAACUGUUUGAGGAAAUGUUCAGAAGAAACAACAAAGGGCAAGAUUGGUUUCAUCACUAGAUCAUUCAAUUUUCAGUUUUUUUUUUGGUUGAAUCAGAGCUGAUUUGGAUAAGUAUAGAUAGUUUUUUUUGGGUGUUUGUGAUUGGGGUAAUUUAGAAA